CCGCGCUCCCAUCAUCGACGCCGGCUUGACGAAAGCCGUCAGCAAUGGGCACCGCCAAGCCUCCAUGAUGAAUCGAGUCACGGUCUCGGGGUUGCGGCUCCUCCGUUCUGCGGCAUUCCAGCCCAACACCUCUGCCCUCGCAGCGAUCCCAUCCGCCUUUGUCUACCCGAGUCGCCGAUAUGCCACGCAGCAUCAACAAGCCGGGUCUACAUCCGAAUCCCGCCGCCGAGCAGUAACCCCUUUCAACGACGACGGCCACGUGCCCUGGACCGAGCUCUCAGCAGGGGAGAAAACCGCCAGGGCCGCCCAGCAGACCUUCAAUUUCGGCAUGGUCAUUGUCGGCUUGCUGUUGACGGGCGGUGUGGGCUACGUGCUCUACUCGGAAGUCUUCUCGCCCGACAGUAAGACGACCUACUUCAACCGCGCCGUUGACCGCAUCCGGACGGACCCGCGCUGUGUGGAGCUACUGGGCGAGGGCAAGAAAAUUACUGCGUUUGGCGAGGAGACGUACAACAAGUGGCGCCGGGCGAGGCCGAUUGCCUCGACUGCGACCAAGGAUGCUCAGGGUAAUGAGCACCUCAUGAUCCAGUUUAACGUUCAAGGGCCAAAAGGCGCGGGGCGGGUGGGUAUGCAUCUCGUCAAGCGUGCCGGUCACAGCGAGCACGAGUACAAGUAUUUCUUUGUCGACGUCAAGGGCCAUCAGAGGAUAUACCUGGAGAAUGCCGAUGCUUCAAGAGCCAAGGAGGGAACGGCCAAGGGGGGAUUCAAGCUAUUUGGCGUGAAGUGGGCUUGAUCGCCUGUACAGUAUACGUACCAUUUCAUUUGGGCUUGUUUUCUCGCAGUGGUAAUGACCGAGUUUGUGACUCCAACGAGUAUAGGAGGUAGGAAGUUGGAACAAGACGAGCUACUGUCCAUGGCAGCUUGUCGAGAUCAUCUAUUCGCUUAAGCGUUCGUUGGGUAUUACGAUGGUGCUAAGGUUACUAAUAUACAACGCUGAUCAUACAGUCUGGUCCCUGGGGCCCUCUCACCAUCCUGCUCCAGGGCGGGUGCCUCGGCGUCUGGAAAAUAGAAAGCGUAUAAACCCCAAAGCGUUUCUCGACACACU